GUUAUCCUAUCUAAUAUUUAGGUAGUGGUACAUGCGAUACACGUUAACAACACUAUUUACAAGACUAAAAAUGCAUAAUAUAAUGGACUCCGAUAGUGAAGAUGAACUACCUCCAGGUUGGGAAGAGAAAUCUACGGAAGACGGCAAUGUUUACUUCGUUAAUACAUGUACCAGUAAAACUCAAUGGACCCAUCCAAGGACUGGUCGUAAGAAGGUGAUUCCUGAGGAGCUGCCAUUUGGGUGGUCUAAAACUAUAGACGAAGAGGGGAAAACAUUGUAUGUUCACAAGGAGACUGGGGACAAAACUUACAUUGAUCCGAGACUUGCUUUCGCUAAAGAAGAGAAAAAGCAUGUUCAUGACUUUCGGCAGAAGUAUGAUGGCUCUUCUACAGCUUUUCAGGUACUCCACGGAGUUGAUUUAUCCGGGAAAUAUGCGCUUAUAACGGGUUGUAAUCAAGGCAUAGGCUUUGAGACAGCGAAGUCAUUGGCUCGCCACGGCUGCAACGUGUUGUUUGCUAACAGGGACAUGGAGGCUACACAGAAGGCUAUUGAAGAUAUUGUGAGAGAGACUAAGGCCUCUGAAGACAAUUUAAAAGCAAUUCACUUAGAUUUGGCGUCUUUACAGAGUGUAAGGCGAUGCGCGCUUCAAGUGAAAACUGUUUUUUCUAAUCGUUUGGACAUGUUGAUCCUAAACGCGGGUGUAUUUGGCAUGCCAUACACUGAAACUGAGGAUGGGCUUGAAAUUACAUUCCAAGUCAAUCACUUGAGUCACAUGUAUCUGGCGUUGCUGUUGGAACCACUAUUGAGGAAAGGUAGUAGAGUGGUGUUCGUGUCUUCAGAGUCUCAUAGACACGCAAGUUUGAAGAAUAUGUUCAAUCAACAAAACAUUUGCAUGACGAAGGACACUUACGGCGCCAUGAUGGCUUACAACAACUCCAAAUUGUUUAAUAUCAUCACAGCUAAGAUGUUAAGCGAAGAAUGGAAAAAUAAGGGAAUACUAGUAAACUCGCUCCACCCGGGCAAUAUGGUGCACACCAACUUUUUCAAGUCCUGGUUCUUCAUUAGACUGCUGGCUAUCUUCGCGAAGCCUUUCACCAAGUCUUUGCAACAAGCAGCAGCUACCACAGUGUAUGUAGCGACGUGCGCAGAUCUCGACGGCGUCACGGGGCUGUACUUCAACAACUGCUUCUGUUGCGAGGAGUCCGCGCUUGCCGGGGACCGGGACAUAGCCGCCGAAGUGUUCGCCAUGUCACUCAAACUUAUCGACGGGAGAGUGGGGAGAGAUGGCAUUGAAGCUUAUUUGGAGAAAUACGCGAAGAGCAAGCCUUGAUUAACUGUAUGUUAUUUUUUUCUUUAUUUUCUUUGUUUGAUUUUUAUAAAACACUGGCAGGUAAUUGAUCUGCGUGCGUGUUUUGACGUGCGAAGAUUUUAUUUUUUUUGGUUUUUUAAAACUGUUGAAUGUGCAAUAUGUAUCUUGUUAAUUUUAUUUAUUUCAUUGAAAAAUGUGUUGGACGAUGAAUGGUCUAUGUAUAGUCGUAUGUCAAGAUACCUCGCGUAGAGCUUUAUAGCGAAAGUGCAAUGAAUAUGGAUAGGUUAAUUUCCGCUCGACUGUACUUAUAUUUCAAAUAUUCAACAAGAACAUGACAUGCAUACUAAA